AAAGCGGGCCGGGAAAACUUCCACCGGACGCCACGCCACACAACGCUCCCAACCUCUCUCUUCUUCUUCCUCUUCCUCGAUCCACCCACGCGGCGGCCGGCGGCAUGGCGGACCAGCUCACCGACGACCAGAUCGCCGAGUUCAAGGAGGCCUUCAGCCUCUUCGACAAGGACGGAGACGGUUGCAUCACAACCAAGGAGUUGGGAACUGUCAUGCGUUCGCUUGGCCAGAACCCAACGGAGGCUGAGCUCCAGGACAUGAUCAAUGAGGUUGAUGCUGAUGGCAACGGCACCAUUGAUUUUCCAGAGUUUCUCAACCUGAUGGCUCGCAAGAUGAAGGACACUGACUCAGAGGAAGAGCUCAAGGAGGCCUUCAGGGUGUUCGACAAGGAUCAAAAUGGCUUCAUCUCUGCUGCUGAGCUCCGUCAUGUCAUGACGAAUCUCGGCGAGAAGCUAACUGACGAGGAGGUGGACGAGAUGAUCCGUGAAGCUGAUGUUGAUGGUGAUGGCCAGAUCAACUACGAGGAGUUUGUCAAGGUCAUGAUGAGAGAUUUGUCUGUCUGUGCUGCUGGGCCAGAAAUUGUAUGCUGUGCUUAGGGUAGAGUAGAGCACAUGGAGGAGGAGAAGAAAUUUAAGGUUCUCUGCCUGCAUGGCUUCAGGACGAGUGGGAGUUUCUUGAAGAAGCAGAUCAGCAAAUGGCAUCCUUCCAUCUUGCAUCUGUUUGAAAUGGUCUUCCCUGAUGGUAUCUUCCCAGCUGGAGGGAAGUCAGACAUAGAGGGCAUAUUUCCCCCACCAUACUUUGAGUGGUUUCAGUUUGACAAGGAAUUCACCAAAUAUACAAAUCUGGAAGAGUGUAUUUCAUAUCUUUGCGAUUACAUGGUGAAAAAUGGACCUUUCGAUGGCCUGCUUGGAUUCUCCCAGGGUGCGACACUUUCAGCCCUUUUGAUAGGCUACCAGGCACAGGGCAAGGUGCUGAAUGAUCAUCCACCAAUUAAAUUCAUGGUGUCAGUAUCUGGGAGCAAGUUCAGGGACCCAAGCAUCUGCAAUGUGGCCUACAAGGAGCUGAUCAAGGCGAGAUCUGUCCAUUUCAUUGGAGAUAAAGACUGGCUCAAACUACCUUCCGAGGAGCUAGCCGCUGCCUUUGCCGGCCCUCUCAUCAUAAGGCAUCCCCAGGGUCACACUGUCCCUAGGCUUGAUGAGGAAUCCGUGAAGCAACUUUCUGAAUGGAGCUCAAGCAUCCUGGAAGACCUCAAGAAUUCAGACAAUCCUCAGGACUCGAAGUCAGAGAAUUCAUCCGAUAAGGAUGAUGUUGGCGUGGAGUCAGCAGAAAACCUGAUGAAACAAGUUGCAGCUUGAGGCAGUAGCAGUAGGUGAAAAUAUGCUGGUUGAGUUGUGGGGGUGUGUGGAGUCUGUUGCUUGAUUUGUUUUAUCCAGAAUACUUGAUGAACUUGUUCAUCCAAAUCUGCUGCCAGUGCGUCUCAUUGAGAUAAUUGAAUAAAUCAGUCUUGUCUGAAUCA